UUAAGGAUAACUGGGUCUGGAUUCUUAAGGGUUAAAUCUGAUUUAUUUCUCCAGGAGGGAGACCAUCAACAGACACCUGGAUCACAUGACUGUGGAGCAGCGGCAGGCUUUUGGCGCGUGGUACAGUAAAGUUAUGCCCCCCUCCGUCAUCAUCAGAGGUCAUCAGUCACUCAUCAGGGACACAGGAAACCUGAUCGCCUACCUGCCCUUCCACAACUUCCAACACCUCUCCUCCGCUCAGCUGCUGGACGGGCUGGAUGUGUUGCAGAGGAACACUCUGACUCCUCUGAAGCAGGAGUUCAUCGCUCACAGCCUCAUCGGCACCUACAGGAACCUGACAGCUCAGGACUUCACCAGGCUGGGUAACGUCUUGUGCCUGGCCGACCUGGAGGACCUGCUUGUGUACAAAGACACGGAGGUGUUCAGAGUGAUCCAGGACAGCGUGAUGAACUGCACUCGUCAGGGCCUCAGUCUGCCGAGUCACCUGAUUUCCAGCUUGUUGCUGACCAGCGGAGACCUAAAGGUGCCCUCCUCUCUGAGUCCCGGCCGGCUGGCGGAGCUGGGCCACCUGCUGCCCUCGCUGGGCGUCACCUUCCUGCAGGCCGUCACGCCGUCACAGCUGCUGGACGCCCAGCCGGCCCUCGCCGCCCUCGACUCCUUCAGCCCCGCUCAGGCUUACCUGAUUGUAGACAAGAUGUCUUCAAGUAGCACCCUGACGGCUCCGGGCCGGCUGCAGGAGCUCGGCCCGCUCGUCAUGGGGAUGAAGACGGAGACCUUGUUGACCCUGACCUCUGACCUGCUGCUGUCGUCUCUGCCCGCCAUGGCCCAACACACACCAGGCUUCAGCCCGCCACAGGCCAAUGCUCUCUCCACUAGACUAUGGGGUUUCCCAGAAGUGGUUGAUUGGCAGGACGAUGUGGAGCCUCUGCUGUACGCCACGCCGCUGCUCAGCGUCAUGUCCAGGAUCCCUCAGCUGGUCAACAACACCAACUCUGCAUUCACAAAACCCUGGAACACACAGCAGGCUAAAGCACUUUUCAAAGAGGUGCUUGAUACAAGACCACACCUGAUUGAGCAAGAUCUUCUGACCCUGGGGACACUGGGUCAGGGUGUUAGCUGUAAGGUCCUACAGGAGCGUCUCCACUCUGAUUCCUCGCCGUCUUCAGUCAGAAGGAUCCUGGCCUUCCUCCGGCAGCAGCCUGGUCCUCUGCACACCUCGCUGAAAGAGUGUGUGAUCGACAAGGUGAUUCAGUUUGAUUUCGUCAGUGAGCUGCUCAAAGAUCUCGGCGCUGAGAUCGCCCUGUCCAUGUCGGUGAGCACCAUUAAGAAGUUUCCCACAGAUAUAAUGCACACUUUGAGGAAGGUGAUCGUGCAGGACCCUCACCACUUCCUGCUACUGCCGAGAGUAAAACAGAAGCUGCUGGUGGACAAAAUGGCGCAGAAGUUGGGCAUGUACACAGGUGUGUUCACUGAGGAGGAGUUUCGUUCUCUGGGCAUCAUGGCGCCGUUUGUGGUGGACGAGGUUUUCGUUCAGCUGGACCGCAGCUUCUUCAUCGACAAUCUGGAUUCCCUCCAGGAGCUCUGCUACAGCAUCGGAAAGAUGGACAUCGUGGCUCAUAUCCUGCAGGAACCCGCCGUCUUUGGCCCAGUCAGCAGCUGGAAACAGACAACACUCAGCCAGGUGGACCGGUUUCUCUUCUUCCUGCCCAAAGACAAGCUGCAGGAGAUUCCUCUGGCGCUGAUGACUGUGGGCCGUCUAGAGAAGCUGUUCAUGAGCCAGCGGCGGUGGGAGCGUGGGGACGUGGGCCUCCACUGCUUAGAAGAGGACGAGAAGAAGACAUUUUUUGAAAAGCAGCAGUAUUUUCUUCAGUUCUUCCUGGGCUUCCUCAAAAUAACUCCUCAAUCACCGGCUCCGAUGGUUCCUACCUGUGAGAUUCUGCAUACCACUGCUCCCGCUGCCUGGACCCCCGACAGCCUGACCAGCAUGUCUACAUCGGCCUUCAAAAACUGUCUGGAGCUGAUGGGCCAUGACCCGUUCCUGGAGUCCUACCAGCGCAGGGAGGUGCUCCGGAAAGUCAGACAGAUCUACGGCCCUGCCUCGAACUUCUCCCAGUCCGUGAUCUCUCAGCUGGGUAGAAUAUCAUUAGAGCUGUCACUAGCGGAGCUGAGCAGCCUGAGACUGACUGAGCGGAGGAGCAUCGCUGCUCUGGGGGCUGUCAGUGCCUGGAACAACAGACAGCUCUCUGCACUGUUCACCACCGUGUUAAACUCCACCCAGCAGAGUCCGAGCCAGCUGGACUCCAGCACACUGGUAGCGAUGGGACACAUCGUGUGUGGAGCGAAAACCACAGAGAUUAAUUCUUUCAAUGCCGUAGAGUUCAGUAAGGCGGUGCUGUGGCUCGGCCAGCUCCGGCUCUCCUGCUCAGAGGAGCAGCUGCUGGCCUUCGUUGGGCUGCUGGACCACAGUCUCGCUUUUGGAGCCAUAAGUUCUUGGGGGACUGAUGUCUUCAUUGAGAUUGGAAUUAUAGCAGCUGGUCUCCCGGACAUGGCCAUGUCAGCUUUGGUGAAAGAACAAAUAGAAGGAUUCAAACCUGAGGCGCUCGCAGCGACACCACCUGAAAAGUUUAAAGUUGUGUUUCACCAGAGCCAGAUCAGCUGGUUCUCCUACGAGCAGGGGGCAGCAGUAACCAAAGAGCAGCUCUCUGCUCUGUCAGAUGUUCAGAAAACAGCUCUGGCUAUGGUGCUGACGCCGUGGGAGGACAGGCCUGUAGACUUCAGAGGGAGGUCGCUGGGGCUGGCACUGAGCCACAGUCCUCUGUGUCUCAUACUGGGACUGCUGAUGCUGCUGGUCCUGCCCUGCUCUGACCUGAUCUGCCCCGGUACAUGACCCCACUCACCCCUGCUGGAUCAGGAAACACCCUCACACCCACCUAACCAAGAUGAUCUAAAUGUAUCUGUGCAAUACCAUACCUCUUUGAAAUAAGCUGCACUUCAGGAUUUCUUUAUAUUGUAUUUAAUGAGAUUGUAAUUUAUUUUGUGUAACUAUCAACAUUCAGCACUGUAGGUGAUUAGUUGAAUUCAAAAGCAAGAAAAAAAACACCACAUUUUCACAGUAUGAUCAUUAAAUCAAGUCUAACGCACCCACAGAAUUAUUUUCAAUAAAUGUAUUUAUUUAUUUUUUGAUAAACCUGUACAAAAUGUCCCGAUAUAUCCUUCUCAGGGAUGUGACGCCAUACCCAUAAAAAAAACCCAAAACAUUUAAAUAUUUAAAUAUAGUUAUUAUACAGUUAUUAAGACCAAAUCAAAGAUGUUGUUGCAAAUCUACAAAGUUAUAUAUUUUUGUGAAAUUAUAAAAUAUUUUUGUCAGAGCAGGUUGCUACAUUUAUAUAUCUAUUGUGAGUUAUCUCGACAAGGCUCAGCGAUGCCUGAUUGUAUUAAUGUUGAUCAACUUCAGUCUAUUUUUGCUGUGAGUUUCGUAUUGUUGUGCACAUUUUCUAGUGUGAUAAAUGUUGUCAGAAAUUAUUAAACUGAAACAAUCUGCCUCUGAUUGACUCUGUUACUU